AUGGACGCCCAGGGCCACGCCAUGGACGGCGAGUAUGACCGGCUCCAGCAGCUCCAGCAGCAGCUCCAGCAGAUGAGCCAGGAGGAGAUUGACGAGAUGAAUGCUGUUCUGAGCCAGUAUCAGAUGGUCCCGGCCGCUGGUGAAGGAGGUUUUGAGGGCGACAAUCUGUUCGGAGACGACGAGAACCGUCGUCUCCGCCAGCAGCAGGCACAGCAGCAGCAUACACAGUACCUGCAGACCAUCUACCUCCAGCAGCUGCAGGAGCACAACGAGCAGAUGCGCCAGAUGCAAGAGUCGGUCACUUGCAGCCAAGAGCAGCUGGUGCAUGUCCCUCAGGCACAUCCUCAGGCACAUCCUCAGGCACAUCCCCAGGCACAUCCCCAGUCACACUCCCUCGUGCACCUGCAGCAGCCCUUUCCCCACGACGCACCCCCCCUUGGAGCCACGCCCCAGCAGCUGCACUAUGAUCUCCAGCAGCAGCCUCCUCAACAAAGAACACCCCCAGUCACCUGGCCCCAAGGCGAUGCCGGCGUUUCUGAUGCCUCUCUCCCGAUCGGGAAUGUGCCCGCUAACCAAGGACAGACGGCCAGGGGUCGCAGCCACGCCAGGAUGGCCUCUGCCUCGACUACUAGCGCCGCAUCUGCUCGGCCUCCCUCACAACCUGCGACGGUUGAGUCAGUAGCAGCAACAGCCGCGCCAGCGACAGCUCCGGCGCCAGGAAAUGCGCCAACCUCCAACAGCAACACCACGGACGACGACCAGCUCCUCCGUCUCCAAGAUCUCUCGAUCAUGCAUCGCCCAGACGAGGACAUUGCGGCCACCGCCUCGUCCAUAUCGUCCAUGACCAGUUCUCCUGCACUCUCCCCUAGGAAGCAGCGCACGGCCUCGUCCUCACCCAAGAAGACGGGCCGCUUUGAGAGCAUCUACGCAACUCUCCGCAACAAGGCGUCAAACAUGCGUCGCUCACGCACCGCAUUUAUGCAUGAGGCCGUGCCACCUACUGUUGCGCCCAUGGCCACCCUCAACGACGCCGGCAUGCCGGAGCUUAACAAGACCCACCACGCUCACUACCGCAGCCACCGCUCGGACAACCCGGAGUUUGACUUUGACAUGUCGGCCGCACACGCCGCCGCCUUGGGCAGCUACCCGCCAACUCCACCACAUACCGGCACGGCAUCGUCUCUGUCCUCCACAUCGUCGACGUUCUCUACGUCUGCGUGUUCUUCUGUCGCCUCGUCCGUCGCUGACGGCCCCCAGUUCCACCGUCUGGUGGCCGCACAGUUUCCACAGCACUCUUUGCACCAUCACCACCAACUGGUGCACCACCACCAGAACGUCAGCGAAGAGGACCUGCACCGGACCGAGAUGGCCACAUUUGUGAACGGCCUGGUCGACGAUCCGUUUGCGGAUACCAACGCCUUCUUUGGUGGAGGUGGUGCCCCAGGGCCCCAGCCGCACCCGCAGCAUGCCAUGCUUGCUCUGCGCCCGCACGUCAAGACGGAGUAUCCGCCACAACAGCAGCAGAAGCAGCCGCACCCGCACCUUCAGCCGCCGCCGCCCAGUGGUGUGAGCAGCGCGUGCUGGCCCUCUGUGAUGCCGUCAGCGCCCAGCGGCAGGACUUCACCACAGCACAUCCAAGAUGAGGACAACGACAUCACGCCUGUCACGAGUGCCAUAAAAAUUUCUGGGAGAAGCACGGGACACGGCCAGUUGGUCUCGCCGAGCGCGUACCUGGCAGACGCCGCGGCCAACAUGUCCGGCUCCAACAUUGUUGCCUCGGCCAGUGCCACAGCUGCCAUGGCUGCCAUGGCAGCUACCGUGGAGGACGACGCCUCUGCUAUGGCAAUGGACACCGAUGAAGACUGGUGGCAGCAGUCCAUCGUCGAGUCCGCCGUCGGUGACCCGCUGGAGCAGGCCAGUCAGGCCAGCGACGCCGACACCCUCUACACCACAAACGUCCACACUGGCUUCCCGCCCGAGUACAUGGCUACCAACGCGCAGGCGUUUGAUGUCAAUGGCAACCUCUGCUACGGCAUGCCCGACCUGGCCACCAACGGUCUCAUGAUCCACAUGCCGCCUGCGGCCGGCACCACCACACCGGGCAGCCAGCAGAACCAGUACUACUUCCCGGGCGUCACCGGCGCACCACAGGGUACGGGCUACCCCCCGCCUCCGCCGGUUCCUGCUACUGAGUACGAGCACCGCCAUGACCACCGCGCUACAGCCAACGGUGGCAGCCGUCGGCCCAAGCCGCGCGCCCCCUCGGCCGGUGCCCGUUACCAUGGCAGCCGUGGCGACGGACUGCACUCUCCGCGCAAGCGGUCCAGUGUCAAUAACCUGCCCAAGGUCAGCAGCGGUGACGAUGGCUCCGGCAUGUCGGCCGCCGCCAUGACCGGACCCAGCACGCCACGUGGCCACCAGCUGGGCCGCCGCUCACACUCCAUGCAGGCACUGCCGCGGACAUCACCCACUCCCGGCAGUAGCAGCUUCAGCACCGUGCCCAGUGGUGCCACCACACCCUCUAGCCAUGGCGCAAUCCGCAAGCGCCGUUCGGCCAGCAACAUGCGCCGCGUGUCCUCCACGCAGGGCAUUACCAGCAUGACGGCUGCGGCUGCCAUUGCCACGGCAGUUGGCGCAUCCACAGUCGAGCCCAAGACGCCCAGCCGUCGCCAGCGGUCUACCUCAGUCGAGGCCAACCGCCCACGGUCCGCUUCUUCCAACGGCGGCAGUUGUUUUGUCAACUUUACGCCCAACGACCACAGCCUGCUUAUGAGCGGCGUCGCACCCAGCGGCUCGUCCAAGACCAAGGCCCGUCGCGAGCGCGAGCUGCAAGAAAAGACCCGCAAGUUCAGCGAGCGUCUUGUGCGUGCCGUGGCUGAGGCCGGUGGCACCGACGCCGCCAUGCGCCAGCUCGAGGCCGAGGGUCUCAGCGAUCUUAAGAGCAUUGCUCUAUGA